AUGAACGCAAUAGCCUCGAGAUUCCGCGCGAGCCCGUAUCACGAACAAGGCGUCGAGCAAGAUCAAAAUGCUCAAGACUCGGUUCUCUGGGGCUCCCAGGGUGGGUUUGGUAACCUUCGAGCGGGAGCUCCUCCCGAGUUUGUCGUCCCAAACGUUCCCAGCCCUACUGCGUUCUUGCAGUUGCACACCGACGACCAUGCAGAUCCAAACUGCAGGAUCAAGAUCGCGCAUGGAACUACAACACUAGCAUUCAGGUUUAGAGGAGGAAUCAUCGUCGCGGUGGACUCUAGAGCCACUGCUGGAAGCUACAUUGCCUCUGGGACAGUAAAGAAGGUGAUCGAAAUCAACAAGUUUCUUCUAGGAACUAUGGCAGGCGGCGCUGCCGACUGCCAAUAUUGGGAAACCUAUCUUGGCAUUCAGUGUCGUUUACACGAGCUACGUAACCGGGAGCGUAUCUCUGUUGCAGCGGCUAGCAAGUACCUCAGUAAUCUCGUCUACAGCUACAAGGGGAUGGGUUUGAGCAUGGGUACAAUGAUUUGCGGCUGGGACAAAACGGGUCCGGCACUCUUCUAUGUGGAUUCAGAUGGAACAAGACUCAAAGGAGAUGUGUUCUCUGUCGGAUCCGGAAGUACAUUUGCGUAUGGUGUGCUAGAUCAGGGGUACCAUUGGGAGCUUUCCGACGAGGAUGCGCAAGAGCUUGGCCGCCGCAGCAUCUACGCGGCAGGACAUCGUGAUGCAUUUUCGGGCAACACAAUCAACCUCUAUCAUGUCCGGGAGACUGGUUGGGAGUUUAUCGGGAACUACGAUGUCACAAAGAUGCAUUAUGACGGUCCUGGGAAUAUUCCGGGCGCUCCUGUUGGGGGCUAUGGCUACGAUGCGCGUGUUUCAACCGUCUAA